AUGAAGCAGCCAAGAAUUGUGGUAGAAACUAUCAGUGAGGUAGACGUCAUUGAAGAUGGAUAUCGCUGGCGCAAGUAUGGCCAAAAGUUGGUUAAAGGCAAUCCAAAUCCUAGAUUACUUUCCUUUGCCAGGAGUUACUACAAGUGCACAAACUCCGGCUGCAGUGUCAGGAAACAUGUCGAGAGGUCUCCAUUAGAUCAGAUGUCCGUUAUUACCAGUUAUGAUGGGAAGCACAACCAUGACGCUCCAGAAGAACGCAGCAGUAUCCAAGUUAGCUCAAUUGCUUCAAUCUAUCGCUCCAAUCCGAUAAUUACUAAUGCUCAAGACCAGGUAGGUAGGCCUGAACCUAAACAACUUCAGAAGAACAGCAGGCGUUACGGAAGGGGUCCCCCGUUUGGUUCUACCUCAGGCUUUAACAGUUCCGAAACUAACCAGCAGCAAGGUCUAACCGGUCCUUCUAUGACCGGAUUCAACUCUGAGCAGCACCAGUUUUCAGUCCCUGCCUAUCCAUAUCCAGGAUGGCCACAACCUGUUAACGAUGCUGGUUUCGUGCUUCCAGAAGGAAAACCAAUGCCAAAUCCUAACAUGAACUACUCCAAUGCCUCAUCAACUUAUCAGCAAACUAUGAAUGGAUUGCCUCCUGGACCUCAGAUGUGAAACUUUUUC